UGACAUGAGUGUGACAAGUAGCGAGCGGCGAUUACCGGAUAUGAGCAGUCCUACGGCCUUGUUCUCCCACGAGAUGUUCGAAACGCAGACAUCCUUGCCGUCGUUGGCAUACCUUUAAUUUUCCUUUCAAAUCCGCCUUUCCCUAUCCUCCUCUUCCUUUUCGUUCUCUAGUCUUACUUUACCUCUUUGUAUACUUUCUGCUCGUCCAGCUAGUUAUGGGCGCCGUCAGCAGUUGUUGUGAAUCUUGUUUCCGCUCGAGGAGAUCUCAGCAGUACGAGCCUCUUCUUCUCGAGAACGAACGAGAGGCAGUCGCAGACCUUCUCCAAUAUCUCGAGAACCGCACAACCACCAACUUCUUUCAAGGCUCCCCCCUCACUGCGUUGACCACCCUUUCAUUUUCCGAUAAUGUCGACCUGCAGCGCAGUGCCGCACUCGCAUUCGCCGAAAUUACUGAAAAGGAAGUGCGCCCUGUGGGUCGGGAUACGCUCGACCCAAUUCUUUUCCUCCUGAGCAGCCAGGACACGGAGGUGCAGCGUGCUGCUAGCGCAGCGCUUGGAAACUUGGCCGUUAACACUGAUAACAAACUCCUCAUCGUGAAACUCGGAGGCCUGGAGCCACUCAUCCGCCAGAUGCUGAGCCCAAACGUCGAGGUGCAGUGUAACGCCGUAGGCUGUGUCACAAACCUCGCGACACAUGAUGAUAACAAGACGAAGAUCGCCAAGUCAGGCGCACUUGUUCCGCUAACUCGGUUAGCACGGUCCAAGGAUAUGCGCGUUCAGAGAAACGCUACCGGGGCCCUACUAAACAUGACGCACUCAGAUGAGAAUCGACAGCAACUCGUAAAUGCGGGUGCCAUUCCCGUGCUGGUGAGCUUGUUGAAUUCGAUGGACACAGAUGUGCAAUACUAUUGCACAACCGCAUUGAGCAAUAUUGCUGUUGAUGGAGCAAAUAGAAAGAAACUAGCACAGAGCGAACCAAAGCUCGUAACGAGCUUGGUAGCCCUUAUGGAUAGCCCAAGUCUCAAGGUUCAGUGUCAAGCUGCCCUUGCUCUACGGAAUUUGGCUAGUGAUGAGAAAUACCAACUAGAAAUCGUCAAAGCUGACGGUCUUACUUCGCUACUCCGACUACUCCAGUCUACUUACCUCCCACUCAUCCUAUCUUCUGCCGCUUGUGUCCGUAACGUCUCCAUCCACCCACAGAACGAGUCGCCCAUCAUCGAGUCCGGAUUCCUGCAACCACUCAUCAACCUUUUGUCAUUUAAAGACAACGAGGAGGUUCAAUGCCACGCCAUUUCCACACUGCGUAAUCUUGCUGCAAGCUCAGAGAAGAAUAAAACGGCGAUUGUGAAAGCAGGCGCGGUGCAGAGCAUCAAGGAGCUCGUACUGGAAGUGCCGAUGAAUGUGCAGAGCGAAAUGACUGCCUGUGUUGCCGUGUUGGCCCUAAGCGACGAGCUCAAGGGCCAACUGCUUGAGAUGGGUAUCUGUGAAGUGCUGAUUCCAUUAACAAACUCACCUAGCUCGGAAGUUCAAGGCAACAGUGCUGCGGCCCUUGGUAACCUAUCCUCGAAAGACGGUCGAACUGCAUCUGACGACUACUCUGCAUUUAAUGACGUGUGGGAGAAGCCUGAUGGCGGCAUGCACCGAUAUCUUUACAAUUUCUUGACGAGCGUAGACGCGACAUUCCAGCACAUUGCCGUUUGGACGAUAGUGCAGCUACUGGAAUCGGGAGAUCCUCAGUUGAUCAGCAAUAUCCGCACCUCUGGACUAUUGAACCCAUCGAUCCGGCAGCUCGCACUGUCACGCACACCAUCGGCGACAUCAUCCGUUGGUACGCCUCGCUCGCACCGGUCACAGUCACAGUCAUAUGCAGAUACGGACACUGGUGAAGGUCAGGGGGAGAUCCAGUUGCUUGCACGGCGAAUUCUGGAGUUCGUUGACGGAGAUGUUGAUGGGGCAAAUCCGCGAAGCGCAACCGCGUCUCAUAUGGCCGGGUCUUCUGUUAGUAGUGCCAGGGACGAGGAACUCAGAAGGAGCGUGCGGGAGGCGUUCUCGACUGGUUCCCAUCACUAGCUAAGCGGCUAGUAAGAUCCGGUAUAUAUCCUUCGUUCACGGUCUGUGCCUCGCCUUUCCGUUGUACAUCCUUUGCCUUGUUCAUCGUUUUGUGCAUCUCUUUUUCUUAAUCGUAUACUUAUGUUCUUAGUUUGUUUUGUUUUGUUUCGUGACUGAUGAGUUUUCUUUUGACGGUUCCCGAUGCCUUAUGUUGAUUGAACGGUGACGAUUACGACUGAAUGCUUGUGCAUAGCUAGUACCUGACGAAUAGAUUUUACUGCUGGCGCCGCAACGUUGGACCAGGUGGCCCGGCCGUGCUGUGCGGCGUGUAAUGGGGCUAAAUUUAGAAUCCUAUUGUUCCACGACGCUGUGAUCAAUAUUUCUCAUCCUUGUACCG